GACAUUUGCCGGUCAACCUGCGGGGGGGCAGCAGGGCGUCGACGACUGGUCGAAGAUAAAAUGGAGCCACGAAAUAAGCGAUAGCCAAGUUCUGGUGGGCACAGCCCAAGUCAUGUUGAAUAUGGUCACCCAGAAGUACUUGGAGCUGAGCUCUGUGAGCAUCGUGAUUAUAGACGAGUGCCACCAUGGCACUGGCCACCAUCCCUACCAUGAGUUCAUGCAUCUGUUUUUACUCGCUGAUCGAAACACGCCACUGCCGCGCGUUUUGGGACUGACGGGUGUACUCAUUAAAGGCAACGAAUUUAAGCUGGUCGCUCAAAAGCUCAGAGAGCUGGAGACGACCUACAGAAGCAAUAUCAUCACCGUGUCCGACACGGAGGAAUUGAAAAACGUGAUGCUGUGAGACCUUUUAAGCCCU